CUGUCAUUAGCAUGAUCGUGUUCGGUGUUAAUUAGUGGUAUCGGGAACGCUACUGCCUCGAAAUCGUCAACCACAGUGCCCGACCGACGACCGACUGCCAUCCCCGUGCCGACGUGUGUUUGUGCGCGCCAACUGCGAACCCGGACCUAGGGCAUGAGCCACCCCGAAACGGAUGUAGCCUAACCAGCCUUUUUUCCUUCGCGGGAUAGGUGAACCCUCGUCCCCCAUGCUUCCGCCAAUUUUGUGGAUUUCUAAGGGAUUUCUUCACAGGAAAUGUAGUGUGCCGUGUCGAUGGGAAUCUCGGAUGUGUUACAUUUCGCGCCACGUGGAGGAAAGUGCGUUCUGGCGUCGGAAUAAGAAAGAGGGUACCGGUUGCCCGUCGAGUCGCAGGUGUGUUUAGGAGAUGUCACAAAAGCUCGGCUUUUUUUCGAGAUAGCAAAAGGAUAAACGGUGCCGCUCCAAUGCGAAUAUUUUCAGGAUAUUGCUACGCAGCAAUAGUCAUCGCAAGUUUUCUAAUCGGCGAAGUUCUUGGCGAUAAAGAAGCAGUUCAGCUCAACGUGUGCACGAACUGCGCGCCCAAAUGUCUGACGGACAUCCGGCCCGGCUUCGAGACGAUCCCCCUCCCCGGCAACGGAACAGACGCAGGGAACGCAACGAUCGACUCGAGCCGAACGGUCGCGACGAACACGACGAACUGGUUCAACGGGACCGACAGCGGCUCCUUCAGCUCGCGCCGCUUCAUGCGCCUGAGCAGCUACAUGGACAUGACCAACAUUCGGCGAACCUUCAAACGGAUGCGGAGCAUCUACCUCAUCUACCAGCCGGAGCUCCGCAUGUUCUGGUGCCUCUUCACGUUCUUCCCCUUGGUGACGGCCUUCUCCGGUCGGACCGCCGACGCCGGGCCCAACACCGACCGCAGCGACAUGACCGACAUGACCGGCAUGACCGGCAUGCCUGAGACGACCUACCCGCCCGAAGUGACGUACGACCUGCUCGACCCGGACUGGCAGCCGGCGCCCACCUUCGGCCAGUUCGUCAACGCGCCCACCAAUCCAGGCCCGGACUUCAACGGAUCCAACUGGUUCCUCGCCCAAGACGCCAACUUGUCCGGCCUACAGACCGGUCUUUUUCGUCGCCAGCAGCGUGGGCUCCGCCGAAGUCGCCGGUCCCCUGGGCCCGGCAGGCCUCAUCGCCGGUCCUCUGUGCCCGGCAGGCCUCAUCGCCGCCAGAAGCGGACUGUGGACCAGAUCCAGAAGCUCUUCCAGAGGGUCAUGCGGCGACACCUCUUCCGGCUGGUCAGCGCGUACCUGUCCCUGCUCGGUUUCGAGAUCCCGGCGGAUAAGUUGGAGACGCGAACCCUGGUGGCGCUAUCUAUGUUCAUGGGUCUCUUCCAGGGCUUCGUGUCCGGUUUCCGGAAGCUCCUUUUCGCCACGCCGCUCACGUGUUUCGCGUCGUAUGGCGUUGUCAAGUUUAUCACCUGGGUUGAUAAUUUCAGUUUCUAGAUAGCGUUAUCUCGGUGAACCACUCGGAGAAAACUGUGCAAUGCGGAGAAGUCUUCACUCUGAUUGAAUUAAAAUUUUGAGAGAAAACGCCGUAUGAGUAUUUUAAUGUUGCCAAAUUUACCUGGAUAAAAUAUUGUUGUUGUUUUUUUUUAAAAAAAGAGUUAGCGGUGUAUUUCAUGAAUAUUUUCAGAAGUACUACUUGAAAAUGCUAACAAAAUUUUGUGAAAAUUUUGAAAAAGAAAAAAUACUUGAAUUUUUAAGAUUUUUAAUUUAGGGGAGAAAAGUUGAGGUCCGGAUGUUCAUACCGGGUUGUUUCUUAGAGGCCUUUUUCACACGAGCCCAGUUUGGAGGAAUUAGUUCCGCGAAUUGUGGGUUCCAGGAACAAGUUACAGGUGAAUUGCAUGUUCUUCGAACAAUUUCGCCUGAAAGUACUUGAACCGGGCUCGCGUGGACAAGGCAUGGAAUAAGAGUGUCGAAUCCCAGUGUUGGACUUUUAGCUCUGAAUUCCUUUUCAGUACGAGUGGAAUAGGUGUUACAACAAACGGAAUUGAAGGGAAUUUUUAAUUAAAGGAUGAAGUGACAAAUUUUCAAAAACUUAGACUUCGGUACUUUUGAAUGAGUUAAAAUAUAUUUUAAUUCUUUCAGCCAUAAUACAUUUCCAUUCCUUGAAGACAACGAGGAUUUUCGUUGCCUCGAUAAGAAUUUUGCAGAAAAUUUGCAUUGAAAGCUCUAAAACGGACAACAAAAGGACACAAAAAAAGGAAAAGUCUAUACAUGCAAAAGAUAUUAUAGUCCCAGCAAGUAGGUACACGACUACUUAGCUCUACUGCACUGACUGUACUUGACACACUGCUCAAAAAUAUCUUGCAUGCUGAUAUUAAAAUAUCUCCAGACCUUUAACUCUCUAGAAAGGAAUCACUAAAGGGGAGAAUGGUUUCAAAUACUUCUAAUGAGUACGAAGGUGGAAUUGUUCCUAACUUUGCCCCGCCGAUGAGUAAUCCUAAUCCUAUCCCGCAAAAAAUUGUUUUUGUCUGGAAACUUCCCUUAGCAAAAUAGUGUAAAUGUGAAUAAUGUGCAUCCGUAUUUCUUCCUGCUCUUUCUCAAUCUGAGCCUUGGGAAAAAUCAAAGUAAUUAUAAUCAAAAAAUUUAGCAUUUUUAGAAUAUAAUAUCUCAUUUGCAAUUUGAGGAUGCCAGAUUUAGGAUCCGAAUUUGUAGUCCAUUUUAGCUACCCUUCUAUGGAAGACAUGUGUAUUUAUUUAAAUCGAUUUUACCAGAAGCUAGUCUGUAAAUAAUUGUAGGUCUAUGCCGUGGUUUUGAACUUGUAUAGUCUGUUUCAGCUCCUCAUUUUCAAAAUGUACAUUUAUUUAAAUCGAUUUUACCGAGACUUUGUGUGUGAAUAAUUUUAGGAAUUUUAAUUGAGUGUACCGAUAUUUUUGAUAAUACAACUGUAUAUACCUACGUA